AUGACGAAGGAUGAGUUUUACGCGCUGCCAGCGAUUGCGGCGAACCCGUUGCGAGAUCAACUGUUCAAGUCACUGGAGCUUACAGUAACGCAAAUGAUCACUUUUGCGGAGUUUGCCAAAUUCGCUCAGGUCUUCAGCUACAGUAGCUCGCAAGGCGACAAGCUCAAAGCAGAAGCGUUCAAGAUCCACGAUUUCGAUGGCGAUGGCAAAAUCUCACGCGACGACCUUCGAGCUUACUGUGCUCUCGUGUUUCCCAAGGUCUCCGAAACCGAGAGCGACGCCAUCCAAUCUCAACAACAGGUCGUGGAGUCACUGAUCGAGCAUGUCAUGGAUGAGGCCUCUUCAACACCGACCCGCGAUUUCCUCAUCUACGAUGACUUUGUCAAGGUGAUCCAAUCGACAGAUUUCGAGAGGCAGUUGCCUGAGACCAAGCGUCUACCACCGCAAGAGCAGACCCACAGACUUUGGAUGGCACAGGUGCGCGGCGAGGAAGGCGCCAUGCCCACAGAUAACACGGCGCUGCUGGCCGGCAGCAACUACGACAAGCUCACGACGCCCAAUAGCGGCGACACACCUGGAUCAGGUCGCCAAGCGGCGCCUCAGCCUUUGCCUAAUGAACAGAGCGAGCAGGAGGUUGCGCCGCCAGAGGGCGAGGGCUACGACGACCUUAUGCAUGGUAUUAAUUCUUUCUGGGCCAUCGUGUUCCCCGUGUGCGUGACGAUGAUCGUGGCCAGUCUCGUGGUCGUCAACUACCGCAGCGACAGUAUUGAGGCUUCUAUGUCGACAUAUCUCGUGUACGGAGACUCAGGCUCGAGCUCUAGCAGCGGAGGCUCCGGUAUCGGCGAGUCGCUGGUGAACGCUCUAGUAAUUAUCGGAGCUAUCGCGCUAUUGACGUUCGGCAUGGCGCUGCUGUACAAGUACAACUGCAUGAAGUUCCUGAGCGGUUACAUCAUGUUCGCUUCCACAGCCAUUCUAAGCUUCGUCGGGGGUCAACUGGUGGACGAGAUCGUGAACGACCAGUUCGGUUGGGCUGUAGAUUGGCCCACUUUUCUCUUCGUGAUGGUCAACUUUGGCUUUGUGGGAGUCAUUUCCAUUUUCUACCAGAAAGGAACACCUAAAUUUGUCCAAAAUGGGUAUUUGGUCAUGGUGAGUGUCAUUCUGGCGUGGCAGUUCUCCAUGUGGCCUGAAUGGACGACGUUCACGUUCUGCGUCAUGUUCGCGUGCUACGAUCUCUGUGCCGUGUUGACUCCCUGUGGCCCACUCAAGUACCUUAUUGGACUCAUCCAGGAGAAACAAGCACCAUUGCCCGGUCUACUCUACGAAGCGGACGUUCGUGACGGUGUAUCACACGACCGUCACAGACAAGAGCAACAACAACAACAACAGCGUCGGCAACAGGAACAGCAGCGUCCUAAGAACGCGCCCACAGACGAGGUAACCGCAGCUCAACGUCAGUCGUCGUCUGCUACGUCGCAGUCGUCGAGUACCAGUAACCACAACGACAACGGUACUACUCCAGUGACAAACAGUACCCGCGCUCCUGCUCCAGUGCCAGUGGUGGCUCCUGUUCCUGUCCCGGUGCCUCAGCCCACGACAGACCGCACAGACUCGUCUCCGAUUCCAGUGAUGUCUUCUUCCAGUCGACCUCGCAAUGUGGCUGAGUCGAACUUUACGACGUACGAGUGUGAGACGUUGGAAGCGCUCGUGGCUCUGCUGACGGAGUUUUACGAGACUUUCAGUGCAGAGGACACGUGGAAGGCGCCACAGGUGGCUGAGAAGUUCUUCCCGACCCAGGACCGUCUCUGGCUCUUGAUCUUCCACAAAUAUUACGUCUGCUCGUGCUCGCUGGACAUGCCAUGCCCCGUACAAGCAAGACGUGAACGACGUGAACGUCAACGUGAGGAGGAGGACGAGGAUGACAAGACCAUUAAGCUGGGACUGGGUGACUUCAUCUUCUACAGUGUACUUGUCGGUCGUGCUGCUAUUAAGGACUUCUCAACCUUCGCGGUUACGUUCGUAUGCAUCGUGAUGGGUCUCGGAGGAACAUUGUUCCUGUUGGCUGUGCUUCACAAGGCGCUGCCGGCGCUGCCCAUUUCGAUCUUCUUGGCCACGUUUUUCUACUUCCUGACCGAUUACAUCUUCAUCGACUUUUGCAGCUUCAUGAUGGCGUUCCCUGCAGCAGUGUAG